ACUCGAAUUAAUGUAGCUCACAACAUCCGCCUUUUCCCUUGCACGGACCAUCCCGUCAGACAAGACGAUGUUAGGUCCAUGGAGCCGAUAUUUACUAAACAGAUUCGAUAAACGGAGUUCGGGUUCGUGUUCUUCGGGGUUGUUUAGGACGAUCUGAGCAGGUUUUCCGACUGAACAAACAAAAUGAGCCGCCUAAGCGCCGCCGUUCCGGUAGAGGAGUAUCUCGCGGAAAGUCACGUCCUUUUCUACCUGGGUGAUGCCGUAAACCAGCUGCUGGAACACAAAGAGGAGUACACCCAGUUCGGACUGAUCCGAUACUUCGCCGAAUAUUUCAGCAGCGUGAAGAACAGCAACCAUGUCCUCUUCAGGGAGUUUAACUACAUCCGAGCCACUCCUCACAACAAGGCCUCCUUUAUUCGAGUUUUCUGGAGAUGCUUCAGACAAAUUGGCAAGAGUGGAGAGCUGUUAUCUGUGCAGGACUACAGGUCCCUGCUGCAGUUACUGUGUCCCGACUUCUCAAUGGAGGUGGUGCAGAGCGCAGCCAGAAUUGUUCUGAUGGACGACGCCACAGAUUGUCUGAUGUCAUUCUCUGACUUCAUUUAUGCCUUCCAGCUGCAGUUUUACUACCAAGAAUUCUUGGAGAGCGUUUUGGUGAUCUACCAGGAUCUGCUCGCAGGGAAGAGUCCCAACACCGUGUUCGUCCCCACCUCGGCCUUAGUGGAGCAGCUGCCCUCUGUGGUUGUGGAGGAGAACGAUAAGGAGGAGCCGCAGCGAGAUGGGGUGGAGGCGUGCCUGCUGGCCGAUUGUGUGGAUGCUCUCUGCGACAGGUUCAAGCACAGCCAUCCUUCCAGGGCGUGUGUGAGGGAAAUCCUGGAUCAGACCGACAAGGUUUCUUACUACAGCUUCCUCAUGAGUCUGGCUAAGCAUGAGGCCAUCAAUCAAAGCAUCGGAGCAUUGCCCAGCAGGGCGGAGCUUUUCUUUGACCCAGAGAUGGACCAGGAACUGGACAAACUGAUUGCUCAGAUCUCUGUGAGUCCUGGCAGCAACAGCAGCGGCAGUGCUGUGGGAGGGCUGAAGGAGGUGCAGAGGAGGGCCUCCCCCCGCAGAAACAUCCACCACAGACGGAAGAUGGAGGUGGAGAGCGACGGCUCCACAGAGGAGACGGAUUCUUCAGAAAACUAAAAUCUGCUCUUCUGAUUGUGAAGAAUCUGUCGAGUUUUCAGAAACACUGUUAGGUUGCUUACGUGCUGUUUUUAUUUCUCAUUCAUAACCGGGUUAUCAGUAGCUGACCAAGUCUGCUCACAGUCUCAUACACUUUAAUGUAAAGGUUUGCUUCGAUUCAGAUAUGAUCAAAUUCCAUCUGAAGAGCAACUUUCAUUCUGCACCUAUAAAGCGCUAAACUUGACUUCAAACUGAGUUCAGGAGAGACCGUAUGGAUUAGAUCUAAUAAAUAAUCCAUCUUUGAGGAUUUUUUUUGGUUAUCCUAAUGGAUUAAUGAGUCAUCUACUCUAAAACGCCCAGAUAUUUGGGGAUUGUUCCUCCACCUGCUCUGGUUUGUCUGAGUCUGACAUCUAGAGGAAUCGUGUUUCAGUGCACAAAGGAGAUCCAUUGUUAAAAUCAAACCAGAGGCUCGUUAGCUUUUUCCCUAAUUGGACCAAGCCAUCCUCCGGAAAAGGGAAGAAGACUUUUUGUGUGUUGUUUAUUUUACUGGUGUUCUAGGUGGUUUUGACACAGACACAAAAUAUUUAUUUUGGGUUUAUAUUUAUUCUGUUUGUUUAUGUUACACCAAGUGGUAAAAAUCCUUUUUGCUGAAGUAGUUUUACUUGGCUGUGAAGUGAAUCUGUGGUGAGACUCUUAAUAAACGUCAGACCUUUCCAGGUCUCUAAAACUGCUU